AAUAAAUAUAAUUUCAAAGGUAACGAUGAAUAAGUCUUGCGCAAGGAUUUCAUUUACAUAUUCUUUCUUUUGUUUGAUAGUUCCGCCAAACAUUCUGGAUUAUCAAACGAGCACAGAUAUGGUGGUGCGAGAAGGUAGCAACGUAACUUUACGAUGUACUGCGACAGGAUCACCGGAACCUAACAUUACCUGGCGACGCGAGGAUAGCCAGUUAAUACUCUUGGGGAAUGGAACAAAAGUCUUGAACGUAGAAGGACCAACUUUUAAUAUUACUAAGGUGAAUCGAUUACAUAUGGGAUCGUAUUUUUGUAUCGCAUCCAAUCACGUGCCACCUUCCGUCAGCAAAAGGAUUAUGCUGACUGUACAUUUUCCUCCUAUGAUUUGGGUGCAAAAUCAAUUAGUGGGUGCUCGGGAAGGAGAACAGUUGACUUUGGAGUGUAACUCGGAAGCUUAUCCCAAAUCCAUCAAUUACUGGACAAGAGAUAAAAACGAAAUAGUUGCACAAGGAGGGAAGUACGACCCUAUAUUUUUGGACAACGCAUACAAAGUUCACAUGAAACUAACGAUAAGUUCCGUCAGUCGCUCGGAUUUUGGAUCGUACAAGUGUGUCUCCAGGAACUCCUUGGGAGACACCGAUGGCAGCAUCAAAGUUUACGCAAUAACAGAAAACAUGACUUCCAGCAACAGCAAUACCAAACACAGAGGAAAAUUGAGAUACAAAUCGAAGAAUGAUAUUUUUGACGGAAAUCAGGACAUGCUAAAAGAGCGAGAUCUGAAGUUGCGAGGUCGGAAAGAAACAGACGGAAACGAAGCUGAUGAUUACGACGAUUCCGGAGUGAUGACGAAGGAGAACCCUUUCACUCUGGUCCUCGUUUUGGUCGCGUUUACCAUUUACCUCCACCACCAUCCACAGUUAAGAACGCUCCAUCCUGUUUAAGAAUCAGCCAUCAUCAUGUUAUCGCAUCAAGAAAGUUUUCUUUCGAUCCCAAUUCAUCGAAAGUUUAUAAAUCCAUCAAAAAAUCCAUCGCUCAGGGACUCCAUUCCAGGAUAAGUAUCAUGAAUUCCGCUGACCACUUACACGGUAGUAUAAGGUAACGUUAUAUCGUUUAACGAUGUUAGGUAUCGUAAAUUAUUCGUAAAUUAUUCGUAAACAGUAGUUCGGUAGAUCAAGAGUGGAAUGUCAUUCUUUACCGUGGAAACAACACGUAGCGUUUAAUGUGUAGCACGAACAAUAACGAACACAAGAGAAUUCUGCGUUAACGAUUAUUGAGUUAGUAAGUUUGCACGAUGAGUACAGAAAACCUUCCUCACGCUUAAUUACAAGUAUUACAUUCAAUGAUGGUUCUUAAAACUAGUCAGCAACAAAAACUAAUUCCUCGCUAAUUCUUGCGUAGUCAUUUAUAUUUAAAUAGUUCGUGAAUGUAAUAAUGAACUUGCGUACAGUGUUAAAUACAACGUGCAUAAUCCGUUGUCUUUUUAUGAUGCCAGCGAAAUUCAAGAUAACAUUCUAAAAAGUGUCACAAACAUUUUUUCUAGAUAAUUUCUCGUAACUUCUAUUAUGAGAGUAUCAAGCAUUUUCGUCGAUUCCUUUGUUUUAAUGAUCGCUACCAAGAGGUAACGUCCUUCUUAUGUAAAACGGUAUGUAUUGUGAAAAAUACUAGGACUAAUUAUUUAUUAUUUAUGACUACCGAGGUAGCGGAUGUGUGAAGUCAUUCUAACGGAUAGCUAAUAAAUAAUUAUAUUUAUUAUUUAUACGUUUCUUAUAAUAUAGGUAUGUAUUAUAAAAAACGUCUAAGAAUAGGAGAUCAGGACUAAAGUACAAUAAAGAAAUCAAUAAGGAAAGUAAAUGUUAAUUUGAUGUCUGGAAUAGUUUCUCGUACUUGAAACAUACAUUAGAAAACUUCAUUCUUCAUUGCUACAUAUUUGUAGACAUUUUCCUCACAUAAGUACUUAUGAAAAGAAAAAGGUUCAUAAAUUGUAUUUGUACAAGUCGAAUCGAAGCGAAGAGAUGAAUCAAUUUACUAAUUUUUUUAUAUUUGAGUUUUCAAAGAAAUGUAAAGCCUUAUAAUUGAUUAAUGCUCUAAAAGAUAACCCUUUUUCAUUUUUUAUCUAAAGAAAAUCAUACUACAAUACAUUAAGGAAAUGAUUGAUAUGUAAAAUAGUAGAUGAGGACAAUUUUAUAAAUAUACACCUAAUAGUGAACGCUUAAUAACUUGUAUCAACAACGUCGGUGGAAGGCUCCAUAAUUCGCAUUUGUACCAAAGACACUGUUCACUGAAAAAAAUAAUCCAACACAUAAAUUACUGUACAUAUACAUAUAUACUCGAUAUAUGUAUAUUAUAUACGAUUACACAUAAGAUAACAUGUUCCAUGUAUCAUAUUUGUAUAGCAUAUCGCAUGUGUGUAUAUAACAUACUAUAAAUAGUGUAUUAUGGAGAAUAGUAUUAUCCAAAGACUGAGGGCGUUGUUUCGAUGCUCUUUAAACUGCAUUAAACAACUUGUGGCUGAGCAAAUUUUUAAAUAUCGCAGGGGUCGGAAAAUCAUGGAUCGCUUCAACAUAUGAAAUUAAAAUUGAAAUUCUUGUGUCAAGUAUUAAGAUUCGGAUUUCAUGUCUGAUAAUUUAUUAACCGAUUGGUAAAUAAUAGCCAGUUAAAAAUGUAUUUAUUACUCAGCUAGUUAAUUCUUAACUCACCAUUCUGAUAUCAUUCGUCGGGAUGCGUUCAUUAUUAAUUGGUUCAUGUUUCUAGUUUCUAGCGGUACUGUAUAAAUUUCCAUCUAUUUUCUCUCAUAUCCUUACUAUACGUAUCAAAGUAGAACAAUAUUACAAAAUUACCAUAUCAGGAAAAUUUAUUCGCUGUUACAGCAUGCGAAUGAAUCAGAAUAUACACGGUAACUCAUUUAAAUACGACUGUUUUAUAAAUCAUUGGAUAUAUAAAAAAAUGUUUCAGACAAGAGUUGAUUGACUUGAAUAGGUGAAGACGAAUCUACUUUACUUCAUACAAAUUGAAAUGUGCCAUACCCUCUUCGGUUUUUUUUUUGGAUAUUUUUUACAUACUAAUUUCAAUUUACCUACGUAACGUUUACAUUAAGAUGGACAUAUUUUAAUCAUUACCACUAUUUCUUAAAGCGAAUUAUCCUUAGGCAAACAAAAUAAGAAUUGACAGUUUAUGGUAUAAAUCUGAAUGUAAUAAUUUGUACAUUUCAUAUACAGGUUGCUCAAAAUGUUUAUGAACUAGACUUAAUUAUUUCACGUUGAAUAGGAAUGAAUGCCCUUAAAUAUAUUCAGUAGAAAUAUUUAAAGAGAAGUGAAGCUGAUUAUUUAGUUCUAGCAAAUAAAUAGAAUAAGAGAUAAUAUCAAGGGGGAAUAGUGAGAUUGCUCGCUAUGUUAUGUGUAAUAUAACAUUCUACUUUGAGAUAAAAUUUAUUAUUCGAAGACAUAAAGCAUAUCUGAGAACACGGAUUGUUUCCGAAAGCUGCUACCACAUGUAAUAAAAUAUCAAAAGAUAAUCUACCUUUACUUUGAUUGUUUAACGAGUAAUUUGUAAAUUAUCCAAGAAGAAUAAAAAUGAUUAAUGCUUACAGAUAAUGAAUAUUUUCAAGAAUCAGUUAAGGAAAUAAUCCAGUAGUCUGAAAAUAACAAUCGGAACACUUAAUUAAUUCUCAAAGUAUCGAUAUUGUAAUAUUUUCAAAUUUCACCGUUAAAGUUUCUAUCAGUUAUCACUUAAAUACCAUUUACUUGUAAACUUCACGUACUUUGUUGCGAAUAUACGUUAAACAUUUGGACUAUCUGUCGAUUUCUACAAUUUAAUUUUGAAUCUUACUAGUUUUACAUGAGUAAUCUAAAAUAUAUGUAGAUACGUUAAAUAAACAAGCGGUAACCGAGUGUAUGAUAGUAUUAUAGUAGUUCUUAAGGUAUGAGAAUGUUCAUUUUCAAUUACUUUGAAUAUUCCCAGAUAGCACCAGAUGUCCCAUGGACGUCCAUUUUAUGUCCAGUCUACGUCCAAAUGUCCGACGUCCGUUGUCGGACGUCCUUAGGACAUCCAUGGGACGUAAAUUUUGUACGUCCCAGGACUUCCGCCCGGAACGUCCUACGAACGUCCAUGGGACCUAAAUUCUGUACGUCCCAGGGACGUCCGCCCGGGACGUUCUACGAACGUCCAUGGGACUUAAAUUUUGUACGUCCCAGGGACGUCCGUUCUGAACUUUCUAGAUUUAGGGAAAAAUACUUUUUUUUAAACAAAAUAAAUAUUAUUUAUUAAUAUUAUGUAUAUUAAAUAUUAUUUAUAAUAUAAUAUUUAUUCAAUAUGUAGAACAGAAUAUUUUUUUUCGAAU